CCAAAACCCACCACUGCCGCUGGAGUCAUGUGCAGUGUCCCAGCACGGGGACAAGCCGAGGGUGGCACGUGGGGACACAGCACAGGGACUGUGGGGAUGGAUGGAGCUUGAGGGAAUGGACCUGAGGGAUGCAGGAUUUGGGGGACCCGCGGAGGCCAUGGGGACACUUCAGGGCUGUGGGGACACGGGGAGUCUGUGAGGAUCCACAGGGAUCACGGGAAUCUGUGUGGGCUAUAGGGACCCACGGGUGCCAUAGGGACCCACAGGGGACAUUCCGGGGGGGCUGUGGGGAACCCGUGGGGACCUGAGGAGGUCACAGGGACCCUCAGGAGCCUUGAGAACAUAAAGGAGCUGUGGGGACAUGCUGGGGACAUUUGGAGGCCAUGGGGCCACGCGGAAUCUUUAGGUUUAUGUGGGGAUAUGUGGAAGUUGCAGGGACCUGUGGAAGCCGUGGAGACACAGAGGGACCCGUGGAAGCUGCAGGGAUAUGUGGGAGCCAUGGGAUCCUCUGGGGACUGUAAAACAAUCCAGAGACCUGUGGGAAACAUGGGGACAUGCAGGAGUCAUGGGAACCUGUGGGGACUGUAGGGGACACAUACAGGGAGCUGUGGGGACACCAGGGACUGUAGGAUUACGUGGAAGCCAUGGGGACACACAGGGAGCUGUGGGGACACCAGGGACUGCAGGAUUAUGUGGAAGCCAUGGGGACACACAGGGAGCUAUGGGGACCCGUGGGGAGCCAUGGGCACCUGUGAGGGCUGUGGGGACGCACAGGGGCCGGUGGAAACUGUGGGGAGCCGGGGGAGCCGCAGGAACUCACAGCCGUGAGCGGCCUGGCAGGCGCUUCCCGGUGGCGGCGGUGGAGGAGAUCCUGAGGGAUGUGGUGGGGAGCGCCCUGAGGGAGCGGCGCUACGAGCCGGGGCCGUGCCGGGAGGCGGCCAAGGACAUCGCUGAGGCUGUUAAGGCGCGGGUCAAAGCGCUGCUGGCGCCCCGCUACAAGAUCGUGGUGGUGGCACACGUUGGGCAGCUGGGCGGGCAGAGCCUGCAGCUCAGCAGCAGGUGCCUCUGGGACCCCCAGAGCGACACGUUUUCCUCCUACGUGUUCAAGAACAGCUCGCUGUUUGCUGUGGCGAGUGUCUAUGGCGUGUAUUUUGAGUAGGGAGGCAGUCGCGUUUAGCAGCAGAAGUUAAUAUUCAGCCUGACUCUUCCUGGCUCUGUUGUUGAAAAUAUCUGUGAAGGACCGAGGUACUCUCACCUGCUUUGAAAUGUGAGCCUUUGGGCGAGUGGAAUAAGGGUCUCUCCCAGAGUUUUCUCUGGGAAGUGGCUUUCUGUGACGUAGUUUUGCAGCUGAUUGCUGCUUUUAGAACUUGCUCUGUAGGGGAAAUAUUUUCAGAAUAAUGCCUGUAAGUAAAGUUUUCCCUGUUCUCCUCCAGGAAAUAUUACUGGAAGUAUUUGGAUUAGGGAAUAAACCAUGGGUUUUGCCUGCCCACUUUUGGGGCUGGUACUGAUGGUCCUAAGUCUCUCCUGGUGCAGCCAUUCCCCACCGAGGUGGGAUCUGGCUCACCUUGCUCUGGAUCUGAAACCAGACUUUUUGCUACCCCUAUUUCCCUGGUAAAACCUGCUCUUAGGUUUUCUUGAGUCAGAGAACAAACCUAUCACAAACUGCUUAUUUUAUUACAUUUUAGGUGCAAAGCUCUAACCAGAACAGUAGUUAGUUGGGAAGAAAUACUUCACGUACUCAUGACUAAAAGUUUAACCCUCUAAACACUGUGAAAUGCAGACAACCUGAAGCCACUUGCUGGCGUGCACCGUGACAUUUAACCCCCAAAAGCUACAAUUAAAGAACACAACUGAAAGAGC